GCGGGGUAUAUAAAGGGGCUGAGGCCAGUCGUGUGCCAAGCUCACUUGCUCACACGAGCUGAUUUCAGCAAAAUCAAGACAAGACGCGUGCCUGUUCCUCAACUUUUGAAGUUUCUUGGACUUUGCUUCCUUUGAAGGAACUUACACAUUUCCAUCCACGUGUUUGCGACUUGCUUCCCAGAUUAAACACAAUGUGCUCCACCAUGGAAAGCAUCUACUCUGACUUGGACAGCUCUAGCUACGACCAGUCCUUUUCCAUCACAGACGAUGAAGACUCCCGCUGCAGCAUGAUCACCGCCUCCCCUUCCUCAUCCCUCGGCCAGCCUUGCUCUCCGGCGGUGAGCCAGGAGACAGCCGUCCCGGCGCAGCAGGAGAAGAAGAGGCGGAGGGGCCGGGGUAAGGGCGAUGGCGCCCUGCACACCGUCAAGAAGAACAGACGGGUGAAGGCGAACGACCGGGAGAGAAACAGGAUGCACAGUCUGAACGACGCACUAGACAGCCUCAGGUGCGUUCUCCCCGCCUUCCCGGACGAUACCAAGCUCACUAAGAUUGAGACCCUGCGCUUUGCACACAACUACAUCUGGGCGCUGUCAGAGACCAUUAGAAUAGCGGACCUGGAGAGAACGGGCGAGGCGUCCACGAUGCUCCCUGCAGGGCUGAGCCGGGUUGCAGAUGCCUCGAGCCCGGGCAGCGAUGCCUGCUCGUGGAUGUCCAGUGGCUCUUCCUCGUCAUCUCCAUCCUACGGCCUCUCUAACCCCAGCAGCCCCGCUACAUCGGAGGACUAUGGAUUUGUACAGGCGGACAGCCUCUACCACAACUACCACAACUUCGUAACAGGCAUCUACUGCCAGAAUUAGUACCGACAAUAAUAAUAAUAAUAAUAAUAAUAAUAAUAAUAAUAAUAAUAAUAAUAAUAAUAAUAAUAAUAUUUUUUAUUAAAAAUGACAAUGUUGCUCAAGCUAAUGUGACCUCCUAUAAUCACAGCAUGCAUGGACAUGGGCGUGAAGAAUAUAUUCACUACAUUUACUCAGCUCAUGCAUUUGACAAAAAGUAAGUAAGAGAGGCACGUUAUGCAGACUCUAUUCACUGUUUGCCUUAUCUAUUCCCUCAGUUCUGUUUUGCAAUUUGCUGAAAGUGAACUUGUUUUGUAUUAGAUACCGUUCUUAUUUUUUUAUCUCGCAGAUUAACUUUCUUGUAACUUGCAGAUGGGAUCUUUUGAUAAAAGAAAAAGUCUAUUGUAACGUGAGGGGGGGGGGGUCCUUUUCUUUUCCCAUGUUCUCUCUUUUUUUUAUCUCACUCUACUCAUCACUAAAAAAAACUCCUCUCCACCCUGCUUCAAAUCCUGACCCCAACCUCCAUUAAAAUAAAAUUAGAAUUCAAAAAGAGAAAAGACAGAUUUGCUUCUGCGGGCGAGGUGAAAAGUCAAUUUUACAAUUUGUAGAAUGAUAAUGAAGAAAAAACGAGCGUGGAAAUUCGGUUUGAACGCUCUGACAAUAGACUGAAUAGGUUUCAAUAGAAAGCACACGGAUCUCGUCUUAUGCGUUAUGCAUUCUGACCUCCAGAACACUGCUGUCCUGCUGCCAGAAGCACUCAGUCCUAAGGCUUUUUGGUCAACUUGCAAGUUAUUUGUUAAUUUAUUCAACGUGUUGCAUUCAUAUGAAGAUGUCAUUUUUUUAUUGUAUAUAAAGAGAUUUAUUCUAUUAUGUAUUUACUUUAAAUUUUAAUGCUGGUGUACCCAAACAUCAUUUUUUUUGUUUUUGUACAAAUAAAACUAUAACGUUUUUU